GGACAGAAGUGUUAAAUAUUUCUAAGCAAAGUCAUUUAACACAGCUAAUAUAAUUCCCUUUUCUUCUUUAAUAUAAUCCUAUUCAUACAUUCUUAAUGGAGAAAUCUCCAAACUCAGGUAGAGGUGUUAGCUAUGGAGGAGGCCAAAGUUCCUUAGGUUAUCUCUUUGGUGGUGAUGAUAAAAAACAACAAAAGAUUGAUGAUCCUCCACCUUCUCCCACUGUUUAUGCACCACCCUAUGGAAUUGAUGAUUCAACUGAAAAUCCAUCAGAAAAUUCUCCCUCUACUUCCAUUACUUAUCAAAAAAGUCAGGGCCAGAAUUCAGGAAUUUUCAUCACUGGUCGUCCAUCGACAAAGGUGAAAUCAGUUCCAGGAGGAGACUCAUCACUGGGCUACUUAUUUGGAGAUAAGUCUUGAUAUUUCUGAUCUAAUUUUAAGCAUGGCUGAAGUUUAGGGUUUGAAUAAGGGACUACCCAGGAAUUUGUAAUUUUUUCAUUUGCCACUAAAAAUUCCAAUAUUUGUAUUUGUGUGCUAGUAUUUGUACUCAAUCUAAGUUUGUGUGGUUGUGUGAGAGGCUAUUGUGUGAUUAAUAAGAUCAUCAUUCAUAUUUGGUUAGGGUUUGUAAGGUUUUCAGUAUAUAUAUGUAUUUUUAAAAGAAAGAAAAAUGUUGAUUCUCUGCCUUUCAGGGUAGGUGUAAAGUUGUACAUCUCACUCUCCCCAAACCUUACUAGUGAGAAUUCGCUGGGUUUGUCGUUGUUGUAUUCUUUGUUGCACUGUAUCAAUCUUCAAUAAAUUAUUCAUGUUGUAA